AUGGACACAGAAACUUAAAUGAAAUCUUAAGAAGUUUUUAAUAAAGGAAUGCCUCUAGUGGGCCACGCCACAGCAUUAUUCAUUGAGCUCUCCAAUACGCGGAAAUUUGAUCCAAAACAAAGGAAUAUAUAUAUAAGAAUAUAUCCAAAUACUCUUUAAUCCUUUUUUAUACGACUUUGGUACGAUGGAUCGGAAGUUAGAUCUAUACAAAGUCAGUAUUCGACAUGCAAUGAAAAACUUCCAUACAUAUUCUGAUACAGGAAAGCUUCUCAUAAAAUACAUGAGUCCUUUAUAUCUGCUUAAAAUUCUAGGUCGCUUAUUUACCGGAUAAUAUCUGGAGCACAACAUAAAUGCAAGGAGAAGCGCGGUCAAGCAUAUUAGCAGAGGCAUAUAUGUCAGAAGUAUACAGUUAUGCAUCAACCAACUUUUUCUGCUUGGGUUUCAAAUUUAAAACAUACUUACUGAUCUACAUACGAUUACAUAUAUACAAAUAUUAUAUCCACUUAGCACUUGAAUUGAUUUUUGAAACAAAUCCACGGAAAGAAAAAUAUUUAAACAAGCAAGAAAAAUGCAAAAAAUAUAUAUUAUAUAUGCUUAUAAGUAUCUACAUACUUAUAACUAGUCAUCUGAUUCGUAAUGCCCCAACAACCUAAUCCACUGCACAGCUCGAGCUGCAAGUGAAAAGCUGAGAGCAUGCGGUCGAAAGCAUACCCGACUGCAAAAUGUUGGUUAAAAAGACAGACAGACAGACAAACCGACGAACGUACACACAUAUCUAUGUACAACUGGAUGGCACGACUGCGAGCGUACUUUCCAAUGCAGAAACGAAUCCAUUGCAGCCCAGCUGCCGAUUCCGCAACACGAAUUCCCGUUAACCGCACAAACACUACCUCUACCACCGGCAAAAACUCACGCUCCUGCUGGCAUUUCUUUCAUAUUUCGCUGCACUCAAACCAGCCAACGUCCACAUGCUACAUGCAUAUUUUUGGGGAUGUGCAAUUGGGCCGAGUAACAUUUGUGUUGGUCGCGUCUGGCAGCCGGGUGGUUGGAGUACAGACAUAUGACUCCAUCGCCAGAGAUGGUUAUUGAUUUUUCAUAUAGAGAAAAGACGAAACUUUUGCACAUUCGAUUGUGUUGUAGCGGUGCAUAGACGUGCAGGCAGCGAAAAUUGCACUACGUCAAAAGCAAAGUUUUCUUUAAUCUUUGACUUUCGACUACUGUGCGGACAAAGGAAAUUUGAUUUGCUUCCUUCAAAGCCGGCAUCAAACAACGUAGUAGCGUUCACAGUGUAAUCGGUCAAAUCACAGCUUAACAGCACGAUAUUUCGCCGGCAUUUAGAGUAUCAGCGUGUUUGUUGCCUAAACUUACAAUAUGGGUAAGGAGAAGACUCAUAUUAAUAUUGUCGUGAUUGGUCACGUUGACUCGGGUAAGUCCACCACCACCGGACAUUUGAUUUACAAGUGUGGCGGCAUUGAUAAGCGUACGAUUGAGAAAUUCGAGAAGGAAGCUCAGGAAAUGGGUAAGGGCUCAUUUAAAUAUGCCUGGGUUUUAGAUAAACUGAAAGCCGAGCGUGAGCGUGGCAUAACCAUUGAUAUUGCUUUGUGGAAAUUUGAGACGCAAAAAUACUAUGUGACCAUCAUUGAUGCGCCUGGACAUCGUGAUUUCAUCAAGAACAUGAUUACCGGCACAUCGCAAGCCGAUUGUGCGGUAUUGAUAGUGGCCGCCGGUACAGGCGAAUUCGAAGCCGGCAUCUCAAAGAAUGGUCAGACGCGUGAACAUGCACUAUUGGCAUUCACAUUGGGUGUUAAGCAAUUGAUUGUUGGUGUGAAUAAGAUGGAUUCCACCGAGCCGCCGUACAGCGAAGCACGCUAUGAAGAAAUCAAGAAAGAGGUUUCAUCGUACAUCAAAAAGAUCGGCUAUAACCCAGCAUCGGUGGCUUUCGUACCGAUUUCCGGUUGGCAUGGCGACAAUAUGCUUGAACCAUCUGAGAAGAUGCCUUGGUUCAAGGGCUGGACUGUGGAACGCAAGGAGGGUAAAGUGGAGGGCAAGUGUUUGAUUGAUGCGCUGGACGCAAUAAUGCCACCGCAGCGGCCCACUGACAAGCCAUUGCGUUUGCCAUUGCAAGACGUCUAUAAGAUUGGCGGUAUCGGCACGGUACCAGUGGGACGUGUGGAAACUGGUAUACUGAAACCAGGUAUGGUGGUGAACUUCGCACCGGUCAAUUUGGUAACUGAAGUAAAGUCUGUGGAGAUGCAUCACGAAGCACUCUCUGAAGCUUUGCCCGGUGACAAUGUGGGCUUCAAUGUGAAGAACGUUUCCGUUAAGGAGUUGCGUCGUGGCUACGUAGCUGGUGAUUCUAAAAAUUGCCCACCCAAAGGCGCCGCUGACUUCACAGCUCAGGUGAUUGUCCUUAAUCAUCCUGGCCAAAUUGCCAAUGGUUAUACUCCGGUUUUGGAUUGUCACACCGCUCAUAUUGCUUGUAAAUUCGCUGAAAUCAAAGAGAAAUGCGAUCGUCGUACUGGCAAGACGACCGAAACUGAUCCCAAGGCUAUCAAAUCCGGUGAUGCGGCCAUUAUUAUGCUUGUGCCAACUAAGCCGUUAUGCGUUGAAAGUUUCCAAGAGUUUCCGCCGCUUGGGCGUUUCGCUGUACGCGAUAUGAGGCAAACGGUCGCAGUGGGGGUCAUCAAGUCGGUCACCUUUAAAGAGACAACCUCGGGUAAAGUCACAAAAGCCGCCGAGAAGGCUCAGAAGAAGAAAUAACUAGAGUGCCAGCAGAACAUUAAAUCACAAAAACUAAUAAUUAUGCAGCAAUUAAAGCAAAUACAAAUACAAUUGGUAUUAUCGUCAUCGUCAUCAACAAUGUCGUUGUCAUCAGAGUCGUUGGAGUUGUCAUUUUUAUUACCGCUGUCGACUGCUAUGUCGAAGUGGUGGUUACCAACGACAACAGCAAUAACUUCAAAAGUAACAACAGCAAAAAUACUACAUAAAUCUCAAAAGAAAACAUUUAAUAAGCAUAAAUUUAAAAGAAUACUACAAUUUACUAUUAUCAAUGAUAUGAAUAUGAAUAUGAUAAGCAAUUAUUAUGAUAGUAAUGCUAUGACAUUCAAUGUGAGCAACAACAUCAACAACAAAACAAACAUUAACACAAAGCACACCAUUGAACACCCAUUUUGGUAUGACUACAUCAAUUAUUAUGAGCAUGCUUCAUGCUACAAUUACUACAACAAUAACAACACCGAGAGCAUAAACAUAAAUACCAAAUCAAUUUCCCACUUUAACCAAACUACAGCCGUCACCUACAGAGCAAAAAUCAGGUCACCAGAAAUGAUUAACGACAAAUUGGCCUUCCCUCACACACCAGUUGGCGCUGGCACAUUUGAGAAGGCAUCAUUCCCUACGCAAGUAGCCAAUAACACAAUAAACGAAAUAAAAGACACUGGUAACCUAAAAAACCCACAAUUUUCAAUAACUCAUUCACGUGCUAUUCCAUGUCCAAUCACCACUUCAAUUACGUCAAUUUCUUUCACACAGUUCAUAGCCAUACGUGAAGCAGCUCAUUUAGCAAUCAAUACCAAACUAAUUAUGUUAUUAUUUUCAAUUGUAUACUAUAUUUAUAACUUUUUUAAUCUAUACCGUCAUCGCAAAUCGUUUCGUAGGAAAUCCGUAUAUAACGGCUUGUUAAAAACUAACCCAAUGUCAACAAAUAUCCCAUACAAUAUCGACAUUAACGCACUUAGCAAGUGGUCAUACAUUUCAUAAUUAGAAUUUCCAACUAAUAAGUUUCAUUGAUGAUGUACGCUCAUCACGAUUUAUGCAGCAAACAAUAUCAGCUUAUCCCUUAUCGUAUUCCCUCAUUAUAUUAGUGAUCAUAAGUGUACAUUUGAAUGUAUGCGAAUUCAUGAAUUUCCUAUUGCAGAUAUGAAUGAAUACGUAUGUAUUGUAUUGUAACUGUAUUUCAACACCAAACUGUGAGACUCAAUCGAAUUGAAUUCAUUUUGUUAUUAAUUCUUAUAAUUAUUAUUAAGUUUUUUAUAUAUGGUAUUGUGAAACCCAACCAAAGUUGGUAAUACUCUUAAUCACCCUAUCCAACAUAAACAAAAAACACACGCACUCCAAUAACAACAACAUAAACUUUUACAAAUUAACCAUUUUAUGCAACACACACCACCUACUUUGACAUCAUACAAUUGCAAUGGUGUCAAUUUAAACGCCAUUUACACUUUGCAAUCUGCACAUCUGGAUUAAUCAAACUGUGUGCAAAGACACAAAAACCCCGAAACUCGCAUGCGACUCUCGAAAAUUAAAGGCCAAAUAGUUUUGUUGCGCCUGUCGUCAAGUUCUGUUAUUCCGCAAACUUGUUGUCAAGGUCAUCCAUAUACAUACAUAUGUAAUCAAAACAUGCGAAGAAAGCAUAAAAUGCAGAAAGACAUACUCAAACACACCGCAACACACACUCAUACAAACAUACAGACAUACAAUACAACUAAUCACUUGAAUGCAUCAAUGCAAAGCAUGAAUAGACAGUGAAUGUGUACUAAUUAAAAUUAAAUAAACGAAAAUCCCAAAAAUAUACAUACAUACAUAUAUGAAAAUAAAUAUAAAUAAAUGUAAAAGCUGGAGUUGCUUAAAUAAAGAUGAAACAUUUCAAUGGUAUGAUUGAAAUCAACAAUUUUAAAAUUCGAAUUGAGAAAUAAAGAAGGCUUAACCAACAAAAACAAAAA